AAGAAAAGAAAAAGUGCAAAUGAAAGCCUCAACCAACUUCAGCUAUUCUAGCAACUGCACCAGUGAGAACAAAAUCAGACAAGUCAUUUUUCCUUUGCUUUAUACAAUUCUGUUCCUGGUUGGCAUCACCAUGAAUGGCCUGGCAAUGUGGGUCUUCUUUAAAAUAUCCAGUAAAUCCAACUUCAUCAUCUUCCUCAAGAACACUGUAAUUUCUGACUUCUUCAUGAUCUUGACAUUUCCAUUUAAAAUCCUGAGCGAUGCAAAGUUGGUAUCAUGGGUGCUGAGAGGAUUUGUGUGCCAGGUCACCCAGGUUGUGUUUUACUUCACCAUGUACAUCAGCAUCCUGUUUCUUGGUCUCAUCACUAUGGAUCGCUAUCAGAAAGCCACCUCCCCGUUCAGAACAUCAACACCCAGGAGCCUUUUGGGUGCCAAGAUCCUGUCCACAGCAAUCUGGAUAUUGAUGUUUGCUCUUUCUCUACCCAACAUGAUUCUAACAAACAAGAAGCAAACGCCUAAGAAUGUAAAGAAGUGUGCUCUCCUGAAAUCUGAGUUUGGCUUAGUCUGGCAUGAGAUUGUUAACUACAUCUGCCAGCUCAUCUUCUGGGUUAAUUUAGCAGUCAUAGUUGUGUGCUACAUCCUCAUCACCAAAGAGCUGUACAAAUCCUAUAAAAAGACAAGAACCCCAGGAAAGGCAUCCAAAAAGGCUGUAAAUCUGAAGGUGUUCAUCAUCAUUGCAGUGUUCUUUGUUUGUUUCGUGCCAUUCCACUUUACUAGAAUCCCCUACACCCUGAGCCAAACCAGAGAUGUUUUUGAAUGCUCUGCUCAGAACACUCUGUUUAUCCUGAAAGAGGGCACCCUGUGGCUGACAUCACUGAAUGCUUGCCUAGAUCCCUUCAUAUACUUUUUCCUGUGUAAAUCAUUUAGGAAGUCCUUGCUGGACACGCUGUGCAGGCACACAGCAGCAUCAGAACUGGGAGCACAGGUAAAGGAGCAGAACGAAGGAGAUGACACAGAUGAGACACAGCUCUAGAGCUAAGAACUGCCCAAAC